CAGCGCUCAGUUUGAAACGGAAGUUUGUCGGCGUGAGAUGUGAUUUGCAGUCGACUCGUAUUUUGAUUUCAUUUUAUAGAUCGUCGAAGUCGUCGUCGUCGUCGUUGUCGUCGCAUAUUGUGCAAGUCACACGCGAGCGUUUGAAUGUUUAGAUUUGUUAAUUAUACGCGACACGACAGCCAGACAACUUUUAUAAAACAACAAUCAGCCCAUAGAGUAUACAGGCUAUCUAUACACACAAAUAUAAUAGGUAUAUUCAUGUGUGUACGUGUAUAACUGCAGUGCACAAAAUAUAAUAAUAACUUAAGCCAAUUAUAAGCCGCGGUGUUCUAUAAUUUAUUCGCGUUGCUUUCGGUGUUUCGCAUCAAGCAAAAAAUAAUACGGAAAAAGUUGGCGCGGUUUUAUAUUUUAGCCGCUGAGCGUGAUAAGUAAAUGUUUGAUUAAAUCGAAAUAUAUAUAUAGAGCGAAAUGCACUCAGCUGCCAACUUAAAAUUCAAUCACAAAUAAUAAAAGCAAAUUUAUAAUCAAGUUUCAAGCAUACACCAAACAAAAACUGAAAAACAACUACAACUACACGAAUCUGUUGCGGUUGGCAGUAAUAAAUUAAAUAAACAAGUCUAACGCGCAGUUUGUGCCCCACACUUAGAUACACGAUCCAGAAGCUCCCGGCUAAUCCAUCAUUAUUCCAAUUGCAGGCAGCAUCAAAUGGCAGAGGACGAAAUCUUUGGCGAUUUGCAGGAAAUCCUUAAUGCCAGCGAGACAAGCGGAUCGACCAUGCCGCAGACUUUUCCACAGUCCGCCUCGCUGCCCGUCAUGCCGUCCCACAUACCGCUGUCCGUGCCGGCAGCGCCGGCUGCUCAGCGCCGACCGUACAUACGAAUUAUCGAGGAGCCCACGAACAAAAUUAUACGCUUUCGCUACAAGUGUGAGGGACGGACGGCGGGCUCGAUUGCCGGCAUGAACUCCACGCCGGAGGCAAAGACCUUUCCCACCAUCGAGAUUGUUGACUACAGCGGACCCGUUGUGGUGGUCGUCUCGUGCGUGACGCGUGACAAGCCCUAUCGCCAGCAUCCCCACUGGCUGGUCAGCAAGGAGGAGGCGGACAACUGCAAGUCGGGCGUCUACAGCAAGAAGCUGCCGCCCGAGGAGCGGCGCCUCGAGCUCCAGAAAGUGGGCAUCCAAUGCGUGAAGAAGACGGAUGUGCGUGAAUCCCUAAUGCUGCGCGAGCAAAAGAAUAUUGAUCCGUUUCAUGCCAAAUUCGAUCACAAAGACAACAUCAGCAGCAUAAAUCUGUACGAGCUACGCCUGUGCUACCAGGCGUUCAUCAAGGUGGGCAACAACAACGUUCCCCUCGACCCGGUUGUCUCGUCGCCGAUCUACGGCAAGAGCAACGAGCUGACCAUCAAUCGGCUGUGCAGCUGCUCCUCGAAGCUGAGCGGGGGGGACCAGAUCAUCUUGUUGUGCGAGAAGAUCUCCAAGGAUGACAUCCGGAUACGUUUCUUCGAGACGAAUGAGGCGGGCGUUGAGGUCUGGGAGGCCUACGCGGACUUCCAGCCCACAGACAUUUACAAGCAGACGGCCAUAGUGUUCCGGACGCCGCGGUAUCGCAACACGGAGAUUCAGCACAGCGUGCAGGUGGAACUACAGCUGGAGCGACCCUCGGACCGAGCGACGAGCGCUGCGCUGCCCUUCGAGUACUAUCCGAAUCCAGGUAUGCUAACUUUCGGGCGCCUGCAGCGCAAGCUGAAGCGCAAGCAGGAGCUGGACGUCUUCCAGCAGAUACUUUCCUUAGAUAGCGAGACGACGGCCACGAAGUAUUCGUGCCCGCCUCUCGACCUUAACGACGACGAGAACACGGUUUCAUCGGACGAGCAGCAGAGCUCGGGCACUCUGAAUGAUUUCGAGAUCGCGGUGAAGAAGCUGCAGCUGCGGCAGCGCGGCGAGUCGGAGGCCAACGAGGCGGACGCCACGCAAACGGAGUACACCGACGGCAUCGAGAAUGACAAUGACCAGGAGCCGGACAUGGAAAUCGAGCUGGAGGUGCCGCAGUUGCUGCCGCAGCUCGCCGACGACUGCACGCAGACCUCCACGCCCAUGGAGGAGAUCCUGCAGCAGCCGCAGCUGCCGGCGCGCCCACUGAGCACCGUGGACAAGAUUAAUGAGUGGAUGCGCAGCAGCGAGUUCGAGAGAACUGACAGCCUGACGGUGGAGAAUGGCGACACGCCCACUCUCUCGCACAGCACCGCCCAGACGGCAUUCACAAACGUGAGCAGCCUGACUGCCAACACGACCAUAACGAACCAGCUCGACGACGAGGACAAGCCCCACGGGGGCGAGGGCAGCACCUCGAGGCGCGAUACUCUAGAGAAUGCCGCCCUGAAGGAGCUGCCCGUGGGCGAAGUCGAAGCGGAGGCAGUCAGCGCCAGCGCACAGGCCUCCGUGGACAUUGACGAGAACUUCGACGAGACUGCGACCUACACGAGUCUGCAGAUCGCCUAUAAGCAUCCAGUGGAGAUGCCACACAACCAGGUCAAGGAGCAGCUCUAUCAUGUCUCCAAUCCCUUCAGUCAGCUGGACGAGGCCGAGCUGGUGGUGCUGACCAAUCCGCCGGCGCCCAAGAUCCAAGUGAAUGCAGCCCAAACGCCAGCCACGCCCCCCUCGCCGCCGUUGCCCCUGCCGCCGCGCACGCCCUCGCCAGACCCCGAGAAGCGGCUGCCCCCUCUGCCGCCCAAGCCGCCCAAGCGCAACUCGCAGGACCUGAGUGUGAGCGAGCAGAGCGCCUCGAACUCCGUCAGCCACUCCCUCACUCGCUCGCGCAACGGCAGCGUGAGCUCCACGCGCACCACCCCUUCCCCUAUCAUUAUAAUGCACACGCCCGACCAGAGUCCGACCAAGCGACUGCCCGCUGCAGCGACCAGCAGCUCCGCCACGGCCUCCCCUAAGAAGCGCCAGGGCUUCUUCUCGCGCCUGUUCUCGCGCCGUCGCAGCAGCAAGAGCGAGGACGAGCAGGAGCAGGGAUCGCGAGCUACCACGCCCACUGGCAACCAGUUCAGCCUGGGCGCCCCGAACCGCAGCUCGGUUCGCUCCCUGCAGCCACCUGGCUCGAGUCCACAGAGCAGCGCGUCGCAGCGCAGCGGCCGCCCAGUGGGUCGCAGCUCGAGCAGCGUUUCGGGCAAGCGGCCCGCCCACCUGGACGCCGACGUCAUCCACAUACCUCUGAAGGGCGGCGACAGCGAGAACAGCCUGUUGCGCCCGGAGAGCUACUCGAAUGCCAGCACCCUGACCUAUGGGCGUCCGCUCGACCGCAAGACGCUGAGCACGCUGCAGCUGGCCGAUAUACCCAUUAGCGACGGCAACAUGGAGCUGGUGGCCAUCGCCGAUCGCCAGAGCAUCAAGAAUUUGUGCGAGGGCGCCUACGGCGUGGUGCUCGAUCCCAGCGUCGACCUCUCCGGAGCAGAGCACUUUGCCUUGUAUACCAGCAAGUCGCCAGAGCCGGAGCGGGAGGAUGGCGGCGGCGGCGAGGCGGACGCUUCGGAUUUCCUAAACGCCGAUGAGAUUGCGCGCCGUCUAGCCGAGGCCAAUGGGCUACAGUGAAUGCUCUUUGCAGUUUAAUCUAAAAUUUUUUUCUAGUCGUCUCUUCUUUCAGUAUUAUAUGCGUGUACCUCUAGUCACACACACACAGACACACACAUAGAGUACUCAAAGCACAGUUAAUAUUGACCCUCCCCAAUUGUCUUUGUAGAUGCUUUGGCCAA